AUGAUUGAGAGCUUGUUCAUUGAAAAACCCGACCCAGACCAAGAACAAGACCCAGACCAAGACCUGACCAAGAACAAGACCCAGACCCAGACCCGACCCAGACCAAGACCCAGACCAAGAACAGACCAAGACCAGAACAAGACCAAGACCCAGACCCAGACCAGAACACAACAAGACCCAGACCCAGACCAAGAUCAAGACCAGAACAAGACCAAGACCCAGACCAAGACCCAGACCAAGACCAAUAACAAGACCAAGACCAAGACCAGACCAAGAACAAGAACAAGACCAAGAACAAGACCAGACCAAGACCCAGACCAAGAACAAGACCCAGACCAAGACCAAGACCCAGACAAGACCAAGACCCAGACAAGACCAGACCAAGACCAAGACCCAGACAAGACUCAGAACAAGACCAAGACAAGACCCAGACCAAGAACAAGACCCAGACCAAGACCCAGACAAGACCAAGACCAAGACCCAGACCAAGACCCAGAACAAGAACAAGACCAAGACCCAGACAAGACCAAGAACAAGACAAGACCCAGACCAAGACCAGACCAAGAACCAGACCGAGACCAAGACCCAGACAAGACAAGGACCAAGUCCAGACCAAGACCAAGACCAAGACAAGACCAAGACCCAGACCAAGACCAGACCAAGACCAAGAACCAGACCGAGACCAAGACCCAGACAAGACCCAGACAAGUCCCAGACCCAGACCAGACCAAGACCAUACAAGACCAAGACCAAGACCAGACCAGACCAAGACCAGACCAAGAACCAGACAAGACCCAGACUAAGACAAGACCCAGACCAAGACCAGACAAGACAAGACCAAGACCCAGAUCCAGACCAGACCAAGACCAGACCAAGACCAAGACCAGACCAAAAACAAGACCAAGACCCAGACAAGACCAAGAACAAGACAAGGACCAAGACCAGACCAAGACCAAUACCAAGACCAAGACCAAGACCAGACCAAGACCAGACCAAGACCAGGCCAAAAACAAGACCAAGAACAACACCAAGACCAAGAACAAAACAAAGGCCAAGAACAAGACCAAGACCCAGACAAGACAAAGACCAAGACCCAGACAAGACCAAGACCCCGACAAGACCAAGACCCAGACCAAGACCCAGACCCAGACAAGACCAAGACACAGAGAAGACCAAGACCAGACAAAAACCAGACCAAGACCAGAGCCAGACCAAGAACAAGACCAAGACAAGAACAAGAACAAGACCCAGACAAGACCAAGACCCAGACAAUACAAAGACCAAGACCAUGACAAGACCAAGACCAACACCCAGACAAUAACAAGACCCAGACCAAGACCCAGACCAAGAGCAAGACCAAGACCCAGAUCAAGACCAGACCAAGACCAAGACCCAGACCAAGACAAAGAACAAGACCAAGAACAAGACCCAGACAAGACCAAGACCCAGACCAAGACCCAGACAAGAACAAGACCAAGACAAGACCAAGACCAGACCAAGACCAAGACCCAGACCAAGACCAUACCAAGACCAAGACGAGAACAAGACCAUCACAAGACCAAGACCAGUCCAAGACCAGACCAAGUCCAGACCAAGACCAAGACAAAACCAAGACAAGACCAGACCCAGACAAGACCAAGACCAAGACCAGACCAGGAACAAGACCAAGAACAAGACCAAGACCCAGACAAGACCAAGCCCCAGACAAGACCAGACCAAGACCAAGACCCAGACAAGACUCAGACCAAGACCAAGGCAAGACCCAGACCAAGAACCAGACCCAGACCAAGACCAAGACCAAGAGACCAAGACCAGACCAAGACCAAGACCAGACCAGGAACAAGACCAAGACCAAGAACAAGACCAAGACCAAGAACAAGACCAAGACCAAGAACAAGACCAAGACCCAGACAAGACCAGACCAAGACACAGACAAGACUCAGACCAAGACCAGACAAGACCCAUACCAAGAACAAGACCCAGACCUAG